UGACGUAGCCGCUGGAAGGGUCGGGAUACAGGGAGAGCCGGAAGAGCUGCGGAGGGAGAACCAGCGGAUCCCGACACAGUUUCUCCAUCAAAGCUGCGGCUGUGAGCGGACCGCGUCCAUCGGGGAGGCUUUAGAGAGUUCAGCCGAGUCCAAGCUACCUUUGUCGGUGAGCAUUUAACACCUAAAAUGCCCGCCAGCGGCCAGGCUCGCGCUGAGCCAGAGUGUGUGGUCUAAGCUCAGUAAAGAUGUGGAAGGCAGCAGCAGGACGGACGGUCAGUGUGAGUUGUGACGACACCAACGACGACGACUGGGAAACUGACCCUGAUUUUGAGAAUGAUGUGUCAGAGAAGGAGCAGCGCUGGGGGGCCAAGACGGUGGCCGGCUCAGGACAUCAGGGGCACAUAAAUAUCAACCAGCUGCGUGACACGGUGUCGUGCGAACACACCAACUUGAAGCAGAAGGAGAUGGAGACGAUGACCAAGGCCUCCCACGGAUAUGGAGGAAAGUUUGGAGUGCAGCAGGAUCGCAUGGACAAAUCGGCCGUGGGUCAUGACUACCAGAGCAAGUUGUCCAAGCACUGCUCCCAGACCGACACCUCCAAAGGCUUCGGAGGGAAGUUUGGAGUGCAGGCUGACCGCGUUGAUCAGUCAGCCGUUGGAUUUGAAUAUGCCGGGAAGACAGAGAAACACGCCUCGCAGAAAGACUACGCCACUGGGUUUGGCGGUCGAUACGGCGUGCAGGCAGAUCGUGUCGACCAGAGCGCAGUGGGCUUCGAUUACCAGGGCAAAACCGAGAAACACGAGUCCCAGAAAGAUUACGCCAAAGGCUUCGGCGGCAAGUUUGGUGUCGAGACCGACAAGGUGGACAAGAGUGCCGUGGGCUUUGAGUACCAGGGCAAAACAGAGAGGCACGAGUCUCAGAAAGACUAUGUGAAGGGCUUCGGAGGAAAGUUCGGCGUGCAGACGGACAGACAGGAUAAAUCGGCGCUGGGAUGGGACCACCAGGAGAAACUGCAGCUGCACGAGUCUCAGAAAGACUAUAAGCGGGGGUUUGGAGGGCAGUAUGGGGUAGAGGUGGAGAAGCAGGACCAGUGUGCUCUGGGCUAUGAGCACAAGGAGCGCCUGGCCAAGCACGAGUCCCAGAAAGAUUAUUCAAAAGGAUUUGGAGGGAAAUUUGGUGUCCAGAACGACCGCAUGGAUAAGAGCGCGGGCACGUUUGACGAUGUGGAGAAGCCGACAUCAUCUUACCAGAAAACCAAACCUGUGGAGGCUGCCGGCAGCAGCACAGGAAGCAUCAAGGCUCGCUUCGAGAACAUCGCCAAGCAGAAGGAGGAGGAGGACCGGAAGAGGGCCGAGGAGGAGCGAGCGCGUCGACAGGCCAAAGAGAAGCAGGAGCAGGAGGAGGCUCGACGCAAGAUCGAAGAGACCCCCAAAGCCCCUUCUCCUGCCCCGGCUGCCAGCCCCAGCCCCACCCCCAGCCCCACCCCACCAGUGCAGCCAGCAGCAGCAGCAGCAGCUUCAGACUACCAGAAUGUCGAGGACGUUGCCAACGACGCUGCGGAGAACGGAGACCAACUGUACGAGUCAGAGCCACAGAGCCAAUAUACACAGGAGGAGGAACUCUACCAAACCCCUGACGACAAUGCAGCAGCAGCAGCAGCAGAUGGGCAGCAGUACGAGUAUGGCGAGGACCUCGGGGUGACAGCUGUAGCUCUGUACGACUACCAAGCAGCCGGCGACGACGAGAUCUCCUUCGACCCUGACGACAUCAUCACCAACAUCGAGAUGAUCGACGAGGGCUGGUGGCGAGGCGUCUGCAGAGGUGCCUACGGCCUUUUCCCCGCCAAUUACGUGGAGGUUCGACAAUGAUGAAGCAGAGACAAGACGAGCUGAGAGUCUCCCCGACCUGCAAAAAAAAAAAAGAAGAAAAGAGGGAGACGUUUUUCCAGAUCCUUUUCACACUUUUCUCUCUCUUUCCGCCUCAUCUCAAUGCUUCGACACUGUGCGAGACGUCCUCAGGUCUCCUAGCCGGCUUUGCUUUGCUCCUUUUUCCAUCCCUCUCCUGCCUUUUCCAUUUUCAGGUCCCCUCGUUUGUCUCCGUGCAGCAGCAGAGCGACUAAGAGAACAAAGCUUUUAUCUGCACCUCUGCAUUGUAGUACUUAGAGCUGCAAAAUGUGUCUUUGAGGUGACUUCACGAGCCCCAGGUUGCAUUUUGCAGCUCUGAGCACUUUCUCCGGAGUUCACACGUUAGAAAUGCAGUUCAGUCUCACCAAAGACCAGAGAAAUAACAGAAAUGAGCUUGAAAUGUCUCCAAAUGUGAGUCUUUAGGCAGGGCUCAGGGUGCUCGCUGUGUAGUAGCUCCAUCUAAAUGUAAGCAGGAGCAGUUUAAAGUGGACUGUCGUGUUUAUUUACUGUCCAGUGCAUCGACUGUGGACCAAAAAGCUUAAUUAUCCCGACUGAAGCCGCACUUGCUUCCUGUAGUACGAAUCCAUUCUGCAUCAGUCGCAGGGUCGAUUAGGAGUGAUCGAUAACAAUCUUUGUACCUUUUACUGAUGUUUAAAUUGUUGCAGAAGCACGGGGCCAAUAAUAAUAAAGUUUCCACAACAAAGAAACACUUCAGCUCAUAGUAUUAUUUUUAUCAUCGGCUUUGAAUCGUGUACAGAGAGAUUCACCGUUUAUGACGCUUGAGAGAAAUAAUAGAUAUGAAAGCAUAUUUUUGUUCUGUCGCCGUGUUUUUGUGAAUGUUCGGGGUUGUUUUUGUGUCAUGUCGAUACGCACACGUGAGGAGACUAGCAAACAGUGCGUGGUUUUAAAAAAAAUAAAUGAAUAAAUAAACGAGUGAUUUAUCAGCAGUGAAGACGACCUGUAGACACAAACCAGGUGCUGUUAAGGGACGAGGCUUUGCUGUUUUAUUCUCCAAACACUAAUUUUACGGCGGUUCGACAAACUGCUGGCUGUGGAUGGCCGUAGUGUAGCGUUAAACCGGAGUGAGUGUGUGAGGGCUCUGUUAUUCAGCUUUGGGGUUUUAUAAUAAAAAGUGACCUUUUCAAAUGUAUGAUUUUUUUAUCUGUACCUCUGUUUGCUUGAGUCACAUCAUUACCUGCUUGUUCUUUUUUUUUUUUUUUAGUUUCAAUAAAUAAACUAUAAAUUAUAUGCUCA